AUGGGUUGCGUAACAAAACGACGAAAUACAGGAACAAGUCGACGUAAUGUCUCAAAUGAAUGUGAAAUACCUGAUGAAAUCGAUUUUGAUGCGGCGUGGAAUGUUUAUAUGCUCAAUAAACCUGCGUGCCUUCUCCAUUAUGUUCCCAAUCCAAAGACCAAAAAUUGUCGUGAUAAUCCAUAUUGUCUAGGCCGUUUGGGCUUGGAAAAGUGGGACAAAUUAUUGAGUAGUAUCAAAAAUGAAAAUAAAACAAGCACCGAUUUGGAUCGGCGUGAUAUCGCGAAGAUACCUUGUGGUUUGGUAAAUCUCGGAAAUUCGUGUUAUGUGAACAGCUUCUUGCAGAUAUUUUUCAAUGAUCCUGUUUUCCGCAAAUGCAUUUAUGACUGGCGGCCGGUUGCUAAUUUUGUUAAGCCGGAAAGAGAAAAAAUAAAUAUUGAAGAGCUAAUGUACUGUAUACAAAAAUUAUUUAUAACCUUGCAAAUUACACCUUAUGAAGAUACCAGUGCUGAAGGGUUGGUUAAGCUGUUACAGCUAGAUGGCAAUCAGCAUGAUGCUUUAGAAUUUCAAAUACUUUUCUUUGGCAAACUUGAAAAACUACUCAGUUACCACGUUGAGUGGCAUAAAGUGCGCGAAACUAUUCUCAAAAGGUUUCAGGGAGUUAUAACGCAAACUAUUUCUUGCAAAUGUGGACGUCGUAGUGUUACGGAGUUGCCAUUUAAUCCAUUUUACUUAAGUAUUGAGAAAGCUCGAUCGUUAUCAAAGGCAUUGGAAUAUUAUUUUCUUCCCGAAGAAUUGCCUGACUACAAAUGUAGCGAAUGCGGACAAACUGGUUCUGCACAAAGUCGUCUUGCGAUUAAAGAACCUCCACCUGUGCUGACAAUACAACUUAAUCGAUUUACAUAUGAUGCUGUGGGGCACAAAAAGAAAAUUCACUCACCGCUACAGUACCCAAGAGUUUUACAUUUGGGUGAUGUAAAGUAUGACAUUUGUGCUGUAAUGAUACAUGAAGGUCCAAACGCUGAUUGCGGGCAUUACUACGAUCUGAUAAAGCAUCCAGGCACUAGGCAGUGGUUCACCUAUAAUGAUGAGGUUGUAAAGCCAUCUGCCACUCCUGGUGUAUGUGUCGAAAAAGAACGAACAUCCAAAGUUACCGCCGAUAUGAAAGGUUGCUACGCCUUGGUUUACCGUCAAGAAAAUGAGGAGAAUUCAGCUAUUCCUGCUGUUCCGGAAGAUUUGCUAGGUGAUAUCGCAAAUAAGCUGGAGGAAGAGUUCAUUGCUCAAACCAGUGCAACUACAGAAAUGACCCUCAGACUUAAAAAUACUGUUGAAGAUUAUCACAAACGUCUUACGGAUACAUUCGAUAAAUUGGAGGUAAAAAAAGGCGACAAAAUGUUGAAAAAUCCGGAUGAUAUUGUAUUUAUACCUACGGAAUUAUUCAGCACUGUUCUGUCGUAUGAAUUCAACAGGAUGAUGGGAAAUAAUGAUGAGGUUUUCAAGAAUGUUGCAAAUAAUACUCGAAGUGCUGCAGUCAUCAAAUCAUUAAAUUAUAAAAAUACAAAUGUGAAUGGAUCUAAAUCGUCGUUCUCUUUGUGUGUGCACAAUCGCGUAUCACUUGGUAGUGUACGAAGUGGUGCAGUGAAGGCUGUAAUGAAAAAUGCAGCACGAAGUUUUUUGACAUUUUAUGGUGUCGAAUUUGUAGAUUUAAAAACAGGGUCGGACAUUUGCUUGAAAUGUGUGGAAGCACUGAAAACACGAAAUGAAUUUGUCAAAAAAGUCCAACUAAAAGAAAAAAUGGUAAAGCAGUUAUUGCGAGAGAAAUCAAAAAGAUAUUAUCAUUCGGAAAACUGUUUUUGGGUAUCAGUACGUUGUUUGUCACAGUAUCGACAGUUGGCUUUGCGUGCACACGAACAGUCCGUAAAAUCAUGUGCAGAAGUUACAGAAUUAAGUUAUUUCUGGCCAUGUAAGCGAUUUGGGAAGCUUGAAUCAGUAACAGAUCCUUCAACAUCCGAAGUUUCACAAAGGCUUUCAUUGGAAACUGGAUCUGGAAAAGCAAUUGAUGAGUUUGGUUUGCCAGACGAUUUUGGUCCAGUGACUCUCUCGAGUAGUGGUGGUGAUUGCUCAGAAAUUGCAGUUAAUGGCAGCUGUAAUGAGGAGAAUUCGUCAGCAACUGGUGAGGAAUCAACGCAAAAUCCUUUUGCGAAUGGAAAACGAGAUAAUCGAAAACGAGCAGCCCUAUAUUGCAAGGAUGAGGUCGAUGACGCCGUUAUGGCAAAAUGUGCUGGUAGUUAUCAAUCAGUGGUGGAUGAUUUGGAGUCUUCCAAAAAACAAAAAUUGUUUGAUGACGAUACUUAUUCAGCAACUCAACAGACAAGGUCAUCGUCCGAAUCACCUCCGGAUAUCACCGAGGUGCCGGAUGUGGUUUCCACUGGUAUCGAAAAAAAGGAAUGUGAUGAUGAUAAAAUAAAAGUUGAACAAUCGGCUGAUACGAAUGAGACUUGUAAUAAUAGUUCAGUAACAACUGGUUUUGAUGAAUUUGGUCCAUCAGAAGUGCAUUCGGAGAAGGAACAAAGCAAACAGCGAAAUUCCGCUACCGAUGAUGACACGCAAGGGUCAUCAGAGAACAAUAUCCGAUCUGGUUACACAGUUCAGGAGGAUUUAGAUUGCACCCAGAGUGAUGAUGAAGACGAGGAAGAACAAAAUUCAGUGGUUUUCAAUGGAGACUUACGAUGCGAACACGGGCUUUUGGAUUACGAAUGUUGGAUGACAAACGAACGGCGCAUUGUUGUUGACGAAGACGAAUGGAAACAACUAACUGUUGGAAUUUUUGAGUCGGAUCAUUUAUGGUGUGUUAGUGUCGAUGAAUUUCCUUGUUCCAUUUGUAAAUCAGGUUAUUUGUAUAAAAAAGAUGAUUGGGAGGAAACCUUACGACGCAUGAAGGAAAUACGUUUGGCCAUCGGUGAAUUAAUUCGCACGGCUGUGAGAAGGACAAUGACGGUGAAAUCACCGAUGCCUCAAAUUUACGAACGUGUCAUUUGUCGAAAUUUUUUGAAAAAUAUGCUCUCACGGUUCAAAAGCCGUGUACGAAAUCCGACUAUCCCAGAGAUUUGUCAAGAUUGUAUGCUUUGUUCAGAGCACAAGAAACCAUGUGUAUUGAUUGAUAAUACUGAGGGUUUGGCUGUUCCACUUACUCUUGAGGAAUGGCAAAAAAUCCUAGCAGCUAUGCAAACUAGUGAAGACGAUGUUAUGCUCGUUUGCCUUGAUAACAAAGGAGUAUGUGAAAUGUUCUGUGAUGAGUGUUUUCGACGACAUCAGAUGCAGGUUGAACAUCAACGUUUUGUUUACGAAAACGGCGCUGAAAUUUAUGUGAAACUUAAGAGUGAUAAGAAUGAUGAGCCGAUAAAAACAGCAAAUGGUGAUCUGAUAGCACCGUUCAAUGCUACUCCAUCGCUGAUUCGCCCUGAACGACACGCAACAACAAGGCGUGCAGUGGCAAAAUGUUCAAUGGUCUUCAAAAUGACCUCCCUGAAUACAAUUCAUCAAUUAAAAAUAAAAAUUUAUCAAAAAACGGGUCAAUUACCAAACGAUCAAUUAAUUUAUAUGAAGGAAAGACUUCUCAAUGAUUCGGAUACCUUAGAAGAAGCUCGAGUUGAUCCACAAGAGCUUAUUGAAACACCGUUGACGUUAAUUGUGCAACAGCCUACCGACAUCCCAACAGAACCACGGCAGUUAGAACGUGGUUUUGCUGAUACAGCUUUGUCACAUAGCUGAUAAUUCUCAGUUGAUGAGGUAAAGCCAAACCGAUCUGUG